UGAGGGGCCAGAGAAAUAAAGACUGGAAGGGGGAAAGAGAAAGUAUAGUAGGCUGAAGUGAGUGGGAGGGACUGCAACCCAAAGUUCAGAGCACGCACUCAGAAAGGAUCCUCCCCCUUCUCGUUUCACUUUUUUUUUCUAUUUCUGGGUCAGAGAUAUCUAUCAUGAUGCGCCUUGUAGAUUCAGUCACAAAAGAGAGUUAAGGCCGCAGAACCUUUCUCUCUCCUCCUCUAACAAGGAGAUAUCUCCACAGAAAAGCAUUUUCCCCACUCUACCUCCAAGGUGUCAGAAGAACUGAAAGACAGAACAGGCAAAACAGAAAUCUUCACCAUGUAGCAGAAGCCCCAACCAUCCACACAAAUCGUGCCCUGGAAGUUCUGGACCUCUCUGUAUUUAGAGAAGUUACCUCUAACCUGGCCCUAGAUCUUUUCUUCCAGUGCAGAGGCUGCCUUUGGAAUUUGACAAGGUGUGAUGGAUUUAAUCAGCCUCUCAUGCCAUUUAUUCAGUUUCUUUGUCCCCAUUUUCUUCCUUGAGACAUCCACAAUGGCCUCAGGGAGAUUCUCAGUUAUUGGACCUACAGGACCCAUCCAGGUCUCAGUGGGAGAAGUUGCAGAGUUGCCAUGUUACCUCUACCCAGCACAAAGUGCAGAGCACAUGGAGGUGAUCUGGUUCCAAUCUACUCGGAUAGUUCAUCUCUAUCAAGAUGGGGAAGAUCAAUUUGGAGAACAGGACCCUAAUUACCAAGGGAGAACAGAACUACUGAGAGAUUCUAUCUAUAGUGGGAAUGUCACUCUGAAGAUACGGGAUGUGAGACUCUUGGAUGAAGGAACCUACAGAUGUUAUUUUGAAAAUGGUUUUGAUCAAAAGGAAGCUGAUGUAAUGCUAAAAGUCUCAGGUGAAGAAAUUAAACCGGUAUUGGUUUUCUGGAUGAUCCUCUUCAUUGUAUAUGUAAUUGCUGUCUGGGUACUGACAUUUGGCUUAUUCAUAUGGUUGCUUCUGCGAUACCAAGGAAUGCCCUGGUAUUUUCUAGGGGUUAUGGGACUGAAUGCAGAGGGAACCAAGGGUCACAGUCUUUUCUUGGGAUUGGGGGUUCUUUCAGAACAUCUUACCCAGACCAAUCCCUGGUUAUGGGAAGGAAAUGGUAUCCUGGUUAUAUCUUGGGCAUUUGAAAUUGAAAUUGCCUUGUAUUUCCUGUGGAUCCUGCUACGAUGCCAAGGGUUUUCUCACAAGGAAGAGUCUGACAAACUAGACUGGAUGGACUGGGUGGCCUUUCUGAUCUCACUUUUCCUGCCCUGGAGAAUGACUAUGGCACUUCUUGCCCUGUUCAAAAGACUGUACUACUGACAAAUCAAAGGUUGCUGCCACACAUCUGAGUGAAGUCCCAGGACCAGCACCUAAAACUUCAGUGACUCAGGGAUUCAUCAUGGGACUACACAGGAAGCCUUGAAAAAUGCUCUCUGACUCUGAAGAGACUGGAAAGCCCCUCCCUCUGUGCUUGCUUCCCUGAUGUCAUAUUAAUAAAAUAAUCCUGAGGUACCAUCUCA